UAAGGCCUUCGGAACUCUGGCCGCCUGAUUCUAAGGCGAUGGGAGCCCGGCAAGGGGGAGGAGCGAUGCAAGCAGAAGGAGUAGGAGGAGGGAAACCGAUCCUACUUAAAAGGGUUCUUCGGAAAGCCAAGAGAGCCCUUGAA